AUAAUUCGAAUUUUGGGGAAAACGAUCAACACAAGAAAGCCCAGCUUUCAACUUGGGAGAAUUGGGAGCUCGAUAAUUCACCUUCAUCGUCAUUUGAUUUGAAUUUUGAUAAAUCAAUCAUCAAAUUCCCACUUCAUCUGAAUCGCAUCCCCGAUUCCUCGUGAGGGAAAGAGAUGUCGUGUCUGGCAUCGUGCUGCGCGUCUAUGACGUGCGGGCUGUGCACAUCGGUGGCCUCGGGCAUCACUAAGCGCUCCGCCAGAAUUGCUUACUGCGGCUUGUUUGGUGUUUCCUUAGUUAUUUCUUGGAUUCUCAGAGAAGUCGGUGCACCUCUCCUCAAACAAUUCUCUUGGAUAAAUACUUCGGAUGACCUUUCGGACCAAUGGUUCCAAAUACAGGCGGUUCUUCGUGUCAGCAUGGGGAAUUUCUUGUUUUUUGGAGUAUUAGCUCUCAUUAUGAUUGGGGUGAAGGAUCAAAAUGACAGGCGUGAUUCCUGGCAUCACGGUGGAUGGAUUGCUAAGAUGGUUAUUUGGGCUUUGCUCACCAUCCUCAUGUUCUUCGUUCCAAAUGCUGUCAUAGACGUAUAUGGAGUGAUUUCAAAAUUUGGGGCCGGGUGCUUCUUAUUGGUCCAGGUUUUGAUAUUGCUAGACGCCACACAUUCUUGGAAUGAUUCGUGGGUUGCUAAAGAUGAGCAGAAGUGGUACCUUGCCUUGCUUGCCGUGUCAGUGGCGUGCUAUCUUGGAGCAUUUACUUUUACGGGUGUUUUGUUCAUCUGGUUCAAUCCAUCAGGGAACGACUGUGGCCUCAACGUCUUUUUCCUUGUGACGAACUUCAUUCUCGCUUUUGCGUUUGCUAUCAUCGCGUUACAUCCCAAGGUUAAUGGCAGCCUCUUGCCCGCUUCCGUGAUAUCCGUCUACUGUGCUUACGUGUGCUAUACCGGUCUUGCUAGUGAGCCUCGGGAUUACGCCUGCAACGGUCUUCACAAGUCGGCAGCCGUGUCCAUGAGCACCCUCAUACUGGGGAUGCUCACUACGGUGCUGUCCGUCCUAUAUUCUGCACUCCGUGCCGGAUCAUCGACCACUUUCUUGUCCCCUCCAUCUUCACCUCGAGCAGGUGGUGUUGCAGGUGAGAAGAAGCCUCUCCUCGAGUCGGAAGACGUGGAGUCGGGCAAGGGGAAAGAAGCGCGGCCGGUUAGUUACUCGUACUUUUUCUUCCAUCUUAUAUUUGCUCUGGCUAGCAUGUACUCGGCCAUGCUUCUGUCGGGAUGGACCAGCGACUCCGAGAGCCCCGACCUCAUCGAUGUGGGCUGGUCCUCAGUUUGGGUCCGAAUCUGCACAGAGUGGAUCACCGCCGGCUUGUACGUUUGGUCCCUCGUCGCUCCUGUACUCUUUCCCGAUCGUGAAUUCUAUUAGGCCUUCACCGACGGGCGAGCACGUGACGUGUAUUGAUGAUGUAAUUAUACUACUUCGAAAGUCCGAUGUGCCCUUGUGUUAUAGCUACGUUUGGCUUGGGAUUGAUAUAUAUUAUGUUAGUAUAUAGAAUGUUACAGAUUUCGAAUUUGAUAUAGCAUAAUGUGUAGUUUCUUCCCACGUUUUGAGACAAAA